AUGCUUCUGAACAUUGUACUGCGCUCACUGGGAAAGUCCGAAGACAUUGCCGACUAUCUCCUCUUGUUUCUAAUGAAGUUCAAGUUAGGACUGAGUUUCUCUGCACUUGGGGUACUCUUUGGCAUCCACAGAACUACAGCAAUGCGGCAUUUUUAUGCCGUGCUAAAAUGUCUAACGCAAGAAACCAGGGGUUGGAUCUUCUGGCCGUCUGCUGCAGCAGUGCGCUCGCGUCUGCCAAAAGCCUUCCGUGAGAAAUACCCAAACUGCAGAGGAAUAAUAGAUUGCACAGAAGUUCCCAUCUGCAAGCCUACAGAACCACAUAAGGCUGCACUCAUGUAUUCCAACUACAAAGGAACAUACACCAUGAAGUUCCUUGUGAGUGUAACUCCCUGUGGGUUCAUAUCAUUUCUUUCCAAAGCUUAUGGCGGGAGAGCCUCGGACAGCUUUGUAACCUCUGAUUCUGGGUUUCUUGAGCUAAUUGAGCCUGGCGAUUUGAUUCUUUCUGAUAAGGGGUUCCCUUCGAUAAAAUCUUCGCUUGAAGAAGGUGUCAUUGUAAUGCCUCCGUUUGCAAGGGGUGGUGAACAGUUUUCUGCAGAGGAAGUGGAUGAGACCUACCGUAUUGCUUCAGUACGAAUCCACGUGGAAAGAUGCAUUCAGCGAAUGAAAGUAUAUGCAAUCCUGACGCAUAAGAUGCGUAGCGAGAUGCUUUCUUGUGUUGACGACAUCAUUCACAUGUGUGCCAUACUAGCAAACCUCCAGCCACCUAUCAUUCAGGAGGAAGCACCAGAAUGUGCGUGA